AUGACGCUGUCUUCUUCAACUUUUAUACCAGCCAAGAAGGACAAGCUUCACACAGAGGUCUGCGUCGCACGCAUGAAGCAGAUGCGACUGGGUGAGGAGAUGAGGCUCCAGCUGCACAGUCGUGCAAGUCGAUGCAGAGUAACGCCGCAGGGCAACAACCAUUUUCUCGAGCAGGUUCUUGAUCUUUUUUUGAUCGUUUCACAACAACGAUUAACGAUUUUAAUCGGUUGUUACCGCCUCAGCGGCUGUAAUGUCCAGCUCCUGUCUAAGCUUUCUUUCUUUGACACACCCUCCAACCAACGUCGCUAUCGCACUUUGGUCCCCUUGCCUAUGUCACAGCUAUGUGCUGGUGCUGGCCACGCCUCCAACGACGACAGCGUUUCCCUCAAACCCAAUCUUGAACUAUACUAUAUAGUAUGGCCCCAUACACAUGAGCCAAAAGCUCCCUACGGCAGCAUGGGUGAUAACUGGGCACCCCCUUGCCCUCAAGAAAUUGCUUGCGUAGCAAGCAAAGAACUAUCCAAUCAUGCUUUGCUACCAGAACAUCAACGACUCCAUCUAUUCAUGAUGCUGAGAAGAUACUCUACCUUCACUACGCACUCACUCUCCACCCUCCACUACGCUAUAUACAAGUCUGCAUAG